AGGAUAACCUGCUAAAAUUAAAAAAGAGAGAGAGGGAGGAGAAUCGGGCCUCUCUGUAUCUUCACAAUCGAUUGUAAGCUUAAAUAUAUUUUUUUUUAAUACAAAAAGGUUAAAGGGACGCGCCGCCUUUAAGACUAUGCUUUACUAAUCGAUGACUCCUAAAUCUAGGAAUAGGUAGUUGAUGUUUGUGGGCUGGGCCUUGUGGAAGAGAAGCCUCGUGGUGCCUCCUGGGUUAGAAGGCCCGAGGAUAGAAAGCGGAAGCCCAGUGUUCGACUGCUGCUUUUCUCUGACACGUGCGGUCUAACUUUGAGCUGCCUCUUUUUGAAGUCCUGAGAGGCCAAAGCGCUGGUUGUCUAUUACCCAUACGUUUCUGUAGGCAAGCCAUGGCUCAGCUCCAGACACGCUUCUUCACUGACAACAAGAAAUAUGCAGUGGAUGAUGUUCCUUUCUCUAUACCUGCAGCCUCUGAAAUUGCUGACCUUAGUAACAUCAUCAAUAAAUUACUGGAGGCCAAAAACGAGUUCCACAAACAUGUGGAGUUUGAUUUCCUUAUCAAGGGCCAGUUUCUGCGAAUGCCCUUGUUCAAACACAUGGAACUGGAAAACAUAUCAUCAGAAGAGGUUGUGGAACUAGAGUACGUGGAGAAAUAUACUGCACCUCAGCCAGAACAAUGCAUGUUCCAUGAUGACUGGAUCAGUGCGAUCGACGGGGCAGAGGAAUGGAUCUUGACUGGUUCUUAUGAUAAGACUUCUCGGAUCUGGUCCUUGGAAGGAAAGUCAAUAAUGACAGUUGUGGGACAUACAGACGUUGUAAAAGAUGUGGCCUGGGUGAAGAAAGACAAUCUGUCUUGCAUACUACUGAGUGCCUCUAUGGAUCAGACUAUUCUCCUAUGGGAGUGGAAUGUAGAGAGAAACAAAGUGAAAGCCCUGCACUGCUGCAGGGGUCAUGCUGGCAGUGUGGAUUCUAUAGCUGUUGAUAGCACAGGAACCAAAUUUUGCAGUGGCUCGUGGGAUAAGAUGCUAAAGAUUUGGUCUACAGUCCCUACAGAUGAAGAAGAUGAAAUGGAAGAAUCCACAAAUCGACCGAGAAAGAAACAGAAAACAGAGCAAUUGGGACUAACAAGAACUCCCAUAGUGACCCUCUCUGGCCACAAGGAAGCAAUUUCCUCGGUUCUGUGGUCAGAUGCUGAAGAAAUCUGCAGUGCAUCUUGGGACCACACAAUUAGAGUGUGGGAUGUUGAGUCCGGCAGUCUUAAGUCAACUUUGACAGGAAAUAAAGUGUUUAAUUGUAUCUCCUAUUCUCCACUUUGUAAACUUUUAGCAUCUGGAAGUACAGAUAGGCAUAUCAGACUGUGGGAUCCCCGAACUAAAGAUGGUUCUUUGGUGUCGCUAUCCCUAACCUCCCAUACAGGCUGGGUCACGUCAGUCAAGUGGUCUCCUGCCCAUGAGCAGCAGCUCAUUUCAGGCUCUUUAGAUAACAUGGUUAAGCUGUGGGAUACGAGAAGUUGUAAGGCUCCUCUCUAUGAUCUGGCUGCUCAUGAAGACAAAGUUCUGAGUGUAGACUGGACAGACACAGGGUUACUUCUGAGUGGAGGAGCAGACAAUAAAUUGUAUUCCUAUAGAUAUUCACCUACGACUUCCCAUGUGGGCGCAUGAAAGUGAAUGAUAAAUUUGGCUACAGAGAUUCCUUCUGUAAAUGAAAUUGAUAGAGAAUUCUCAGAUUACAUCAAUGCAGAUGCAGGAAGCAGCCUUUUAGAUUAAAGUUUAUAUACUAUUUCACCCUUGAUGAUAGUUAUCACUGUCUUUUUCUUUAUUUUAUAUUUAUUAUACAAGUUAUGUUUAUUAAAUGUAAAACAUGGCCUGCAUUCUCUACCUUAUGAAAACCCUUGAAAUUAAACUGAGUUUUUAAUUUAUCUUUUAAAGGUAUUGGUUUGAAUUAAGACUUGAUUUUAAAAUGCUAUAAAAGCAUUAUUAAAAAUUCA